GUACUAUACUGUUAAUCAAUUGUUGCGUAUUCAGUAAUCCUCAUUAAAUUGUACCUACGUCAAAUCAAAAGUGAUCGAAGACCCGACAAGUGAAAAAUCGAGGCAGAGGAAGGUAUCCACAUAUCUAGUGUUAAAAUGGUCCAAUUGAAAACUCACCGUGAGAGAGACAGACAGAGACAGAUAUCAUAUUCAUGAAACUCCAUAGUAUUGGGUUAGGUUCUAGGAUAUGCUGGCAACCAUUUUUGUGAGAGUGCACUUCAAAGUCGGUACGGUGAACGUCUUAUGUCGUAAAAUUGACAUGUCGUAUGGUACAUAGUCGCCCUGUGUUAAAGGAGCAAAGAGGAGACGUGUUUUUUAUCGCAUUAUUAUUAGAGAUCCAGUUAUUCUCUGUGAAAAUUUUUUAAAUUAUAAAACGUACUAGGCGUGCAAUACGUAUCAGUUGAUGUAUCCUCGGUGGAAAAGAGGUUCAAAUAUCCGAAGUAGCCCCAACGAGUCGUUCAGGAUGAAGUGAUUUUUUGCUUCUUCGAGUGACACUUCUGUCUCGGGUUUCUGGAAUAAUCGACAUUCCUUGAAGCUCAGUAAAGAAAGUUAACUAUUUAUUCGAAAGCCCUGAAAAAGUCGGGCGAACUGGUGAAUUUCACUGGUUUUUAUGAAGUGAUGUCUCGCUAUGCAGACGACUAACCAAUUGUUUCGAAGAUAUUUUGCGAUAUUUUAAUAAAAGGAGUGGAUUUGUAAUUGAAUAUUGUGUGGAGUAUUUGUUAUAUUCGCACCACGAUGACGGCUACGUUUGAUCAGUACGACAAGUCCAGCUGGUACUUUGGAGCAAUGUCAAGACAGGAUGCAUCUGAUCUCCUUAUGAGUGAAAAGGAGGGUGGCGUAUUCUUAGUUCGUGACAGUACAUCGAUUCAUGGGGAUUUUGUACUUUGCGUGAGAGAGGAUAGUAAAGUUAGCCAUUAUAUCAUCAAUAAAAUCCAGCAGGGUGAUCAAAUACGUUAUCGCAUUGGAGAUCAAAUGUUCCCUGAUAUUCCAAAUCUUUUGGCUUUUUACAAGCUACAUUACUUGGACACCACACCCUUAAUCAGGCCAGCACCUAGAAAGAUUCAAAGGGUGAUUGCUAAAUAUGAUUUUGCUGGCUACGAUCCCGAUGACCUUCCCUUUAGGAAAGGAGAGAUCCUGACAGUAAUUUCAAAGGACGAAGACCAAUGGUGGACUGCGAAAAACAGCUUAGGCCAAACUGGAUCAGUACCAGUUCCAUAUAUUGAAAAAUAUGAUGAAGAUAGUCAUACUGUAAUAGAAAAUAGACUGGAAGGUGGUACUUGUAGUUCAAAUUCGAAUCUUGUCCAGCCUUCUUCGCAAGUAUCACAUCAAGAAUCAGGUCAGGCGACAGUAACGCGACGUUCAAAUAUACAACGAACGCUACCAGCGUUCGCGAAAGUAAAGCAAGCAAGGGUACCAAACGCAUACGAUAAAACAGCUCUUAAGCUGGAAGUAGGUGACAUGAUUAAGGUAACAAAAACUAAUAUAAACGGUCAAUGGGAAGGUGAAUUGCACGGGAAAGUUGGUCAUUUUCCAUUCACGCAUGUAGAAUUUGUGGAAAACGAGACUAGCGAGGAGAAUCAAGAGAUUUAACAGAGUUUUUCGAAAUAAUUUGCACGUUUCGCAUGUAUCGUGGUUACAAGAGAAAGGACGAAGACCAAAUGGUUUUAAUUUUUAAUAGCAUCUCCACUGUAUAUAUUAAUAAAUCGAAAAUAUGUUAGCAAUAUUGCAUUGACCGGGUUGCAUGAGUCAUUGAAUAUUUUUCCUUAUAUAUAUUUAUAAAAUAAUAUUAAAUCCGUUAUAUUCCUGCUAUUGGUAAAUGCAAUAAUGAUUAAUAGCCAUAGGUUGUGCCACCGAUGGGUUCUCCCAAUAUAUAUAAAAAAAAAAUUGAACUUUAAAUGGUGGAUAUUGCAAUGAAAAAAUCCAAAAUCCGCUUGAUAAGAAUUUUUCGUUCUCAACUCUUCAUACGUCUCUUUAUAAUAUCCACUGCGUAGUAACCGUUCCGUAUUCUUCCUGUAAACGAUCGCAGUAUUAAGAUUUAAAAAAAUAAAUAAACUGGAAGUAUUCCACAUGAACGAUAAAAGUAUACAUUCGGAUUCUGCGUGUAGCCGUCUAUUUUCUCAUAUGUACAAGCGAAUAGCGGAAAUUCGACUCUUUCAUCACUUAAACAAAUAUUCCGAGAAUAACAAAAUAUAAUUUUUACGCAUUUUUCACGCAAGUUUAUCUUCUAGUUAUAGUAAUUUGCAAUGGGACAGUAUGAAUGACCAUAAAGGCAGUUGUUUUGGCAGCAUUUUACGAGAAUCCAGCCAUACUUGUAUAAAGCAAAGCGAUAGAUAGGAUGUGCCAUUAUAUAUAAAUAUAUAUAUAUAUAUAUAUACAUAUAUAUAAAUAUAUACAAUCAUUGUCUUUGAUUAAUAAUAUUACCGACUAUCUGGUGCUUGAGAUGUUUUUCGAGCAUGCGUCACGGAGUAGUCACUUUGACGUGUAUUGUAAUUAAAAUUCGUAAUUUGACGAAUAACUAUAUAUAUACCGAGGCAUAAUAGAAAAAGAAAACUUAUCUCGUAUGAUACUUGAUUAAACUUCUAAUAUUCCACUAUCACUCUACGUCGUAUUAUAGCUUAGGAUAAAACUUUAAUAAUUGUCCUGUAGUAUGUCUUCGGAUAACGUAUCAGUUACAUUGGACACGAGGUGUGAAGUUCUGAUCAUACAUGUAUGACGUGUGCAUGAGAAGGAAGCGAGUCUGAAUACGAUAAUAAUAAAAAUAAUGAUAAUAAUGUAUAUUUUUCUAAAGUUACGCACACACUUGGUUUCCAGCGCCCUUUUUUUUGUUUAAUUUCUCUUUCCCCUCCCUUGUUCCUCAGUUUUCUCAUAGUCAAUCGACUCCCCUGUUAUCGCAACACGACUAAGAAGUAAAGCGUGGUCACUUGUUAGAUAGCUAAGAUAAUUGUAUAAUUAAUUUAUAAUAAAUCAUUGUAAUGUAAUAUUCGAUCAUUGCAUACAACAAUAAAUGAUAAGUAUACUAGG